AUGUUGAAGGAGACUUCUGAAAGUGGGAAUGACUCAUCAUCGCAGGAUGAUAUUGGAACAAUUGAGGAGAUGCCUGAGGACUCAAUUUUGUCUAGACAGACUUCCACGAAUCUUGUCCCAUUUAUUGGCCAGCGGUUUGUCUCACAGGAUGCGGCUUAUGAAUUUUACUCCAGUUUUGCAACACAAUAUGGCUUCUCCAUCAGACGUCACCGUACUCGUGGAAAAGAUGGUGUUGGUAGGGGAGUGACAAGAAGAGAUUUUACUUGUCAUCGUGGUGGCUACGCCCAGAUAAAGCCCUCCAAAGAUGGUAAAGUACAGAGGAAUAGAAAAUCCUCGCGUUGUGGUUGUCAAGCUCAUAUGAGAAUUGUGAAGAGAAUUGAUUUUGAUGUCCCCGAAUGGCGUAUAAUUGGGUUUAGUAAUGUCCACAAUCAUGAACUCUUGAAGACACAUGACUUGCAGUUGCUUCCUUCCCACUGCACAAUAUCUGCUGAUGACAAGACUCGUAUUUGCAUGUUUUCCAAAGCUGGGAUGUCAGUCAGGCAGAUGCUAAGGUUAAUGGAGUUGGAAAAGGGUGUCAAAGUUGGUUAUUUGCCAUUUAGUGAGAUUGAUUUGAGGAAUAUGCUGCUAUCCAUUAGAAAUGUAGGCCAUGAUCACGACCCCCUUGAUCUUCUCAAGUUGUGCAAAGAGAAGAAAGACAAGGAUCCAAAUUUCAAAUACGAUUUCAAGUUAGAUGCAAAUAACCAGUUAGAGAAUAUUGCUUGGUCAUAUGCUUCAUCUGUCCAAUUGUAUGAUGCUUUUGGAGAUGCUUUAGUGUUUGACACUACCCAUCGCUUGGAUGCCUACGAUAUGCUUCUGGGAAUUUUCAUUGGAGUGGAUAAUCAUGGGAUCAAUUGUUUUUUUGGUUGUGUACUUCUUCGAGACGAAAAUGUGCAAUCUUUCUCUUGGGCUUUAAAGACCUUUCUGGGAUUUAUGAAUGGAAAAGCUCCAGGGACCAUAUUGACUGACCAAAACAUGUGGCUGAAAGAAGCAGUCGCCGUGGAAAUGCCAAGGAGCAAGCAUGCAUUUUGUAUCUGGCAUAUCAUCUCAAAGUUUUCUGAAUGGUUCUCUGGCUUACUUGCUUCACAGUAUGACAACUGGAAAACCGAGUUUAUUCGCCUUUAUAAUUUGUACUCCGUCGAAGAAUUUGAAGCAGGAUGGAGACAGAUGAUUGAGACUUUUGGACUAGAAGGCAAUAGUCAUAUAGUCAGUUUGUAUGCUUUGCGUAUGUUCUGGGCGACAUCCUUUUUGAGAUCUUACUUUUUUGCGGGGAUGACAAGUACAUGUUAUUCAGAGUCGAUAAAUUCCUUUAUCCGACGGUUCUUAAGCGCUCAAUCUGCAGUGGAUGAUCUUGUUGAGCAGGUUGCUGCAGCUGUUGAUGCUAAAGAUGUAGCAGGUGCAAAGUUGCAUAGGAAGGUUCAGAGAUUUCCGCUGAAAACAGGUUCCCCAAUUGAGUCACAUGUGGCUACAGUUCUCACACCAUAUGCCUUUGGCAAGCUGCAAGAAGAACUCAUCUUAGCCCCACAAUAUGCAUCCCUGAUGGUCGAUGAGAAUUACUUCAUUGUCAGGCACCAUAUAGAAAUUGAUGGAGGAUGCAAAGUUUUAUGGGCCCCAUGUGAUGAGUUUAUUAGCUGUAGCUGCCGUAAUUUUGAGUUUACAGGCAUUCUAUGCAGACACAUUCUUCGUGUUUUGUCGGCUGGCAACUGUUUUCGCGUUCCAGACCAAUAUUUGCCCCAUAGGUGGAGUGACAUUUCUUUGAUUCCAUCAAAAACGCAUCCCUCUUCCUCUUCUGAUGACUAUUCAGGAAAGCUCCAAAUGUUCCAGUCCGUGAUAUCUAAACUCAUUGCAGAAUCAGUUGAAACACAGGAACGCCUUGAUGUUGCUUGUGAUCAAGUUGGUUUGGCCCUGGCUCGGAUCCAGGGAUUUCCUGGAGGAUCAAGCGAUGGUAAUGAAAUUCUGUAUGAUAGCCCUUCUGACUCCUUUAUCAUACCAGAAGUUGAAGAUUCUGACUGUAUAGCUCAACGUUUCACUGCAAAUGAACCUCUCACAAAGCUGAAAGAUAAGAUAUCUAGCGAAGGACCAGAUGUUUGCCGGAAAAGAAGACGCUCGUUUUCUUGCUGCGGCCAGUUCGAUCAUGAUGCCAGUGAUUGCCCCAUAAUGGGAGAUGAUGGUUUAGGAUUUAUUUAG